AUGGCGUUAUACACUGAUGAAGGUGGAGACGCCGUGUUGGAGAGUCUGUGCCCUCGUCUCCUGUUCCACCUCGAUCCCGUCUCCGUCUCUGUGAUGCCGGGCUGUGGGUAUGAACACCAGCCGUUUGUGUCCUGCCUGGCUGGACUCUAUGGCUGCCAGUGGAGGAGAUACCAAAGAGCGCGGGCGCAGCCCGGAGAGUGCUGCUGCAGCAAGGUGGAGUGUGGCAGCUUCGGGCUCCUGAUCCUCACCUUCUUCCUGAGUUUUGUUUUCCUUUAUUUCUGGAGCGAAGCUCAGAACGACUACAAUGAUUUUGACUGGUUUAAUUUUGGGAAUCUCGGUUUCUGGUUCCCCUGGUCUCUGGUCCUGCUGGCCGUCGCUGCAGCUCUCUUCACCUACAUCGCCCUGCUACUGGUGUUGGCGGUGUGUCUGCUGUCUGAAGGUCAAAGGUUAUACCUCCACUGGAGCCACAAGACCGGCAUCAUGGUGACGCUGGUGUUCUCCGUCACGGCCACUGGGAUCCUGUCUGACCUCUGGAGCAAAGAGUGGAAAACUCUCCAGCUGUCCUUGCAGGUGACGGCUCCUUUCCUCCAUGUGGCUGCGGUCUCGCUCAUGGCCGUUCUCUCCUGGCCGACGGCGUUGCACUUUUUUCGUAUGAACAAGAAAGUCCGUCAGGUCGUGGUUCUGGCUCUCUACCUGUCCGUGUUGUUCUCGCUCUACCUGGUUCCCCUCGGCAUGUACUCGCCCUGCAUCAAGGAGGCGGGAACUCUGGGGCCAGCGCCCACUCUCAUUGGUCACAGAGGAGCUCCAAUGCUCGCUCCAGAAAAUACCUUGAUGUCUUUUGAAAAGGCCGUCGAAUCAGGAGGAGGCGGCCUGGAGACGGACGUCACAAUUAGUUAUGACGGCGUUCCCUUCCUGAUGCACGACUCCACGCUGAGGAGGACCACCAACGUCGCCGAGGUUUUCCCCAAUCGGACCCAGCUGGACGCCGCCAUGUUCACCUGGGCCGAGAUUCAGCAGCUGAAUGCCGGCAGCUGGUUCCUGCUGAGGGAUCCGUUUGGAACCGCAUCCAGCCUUUCUGAGACGGAUCGCUCUCAGGCCCAGAACCAGUCCGUUCCCUCCUUGGCCCAGUUCCUGGAGGUGGCGGCCGCCAGCGGCAAACUGGUGCUGUUUGACCUGCGCAGGCCACCGUACGGACAUCCCUACAGACGCUCCUACAUCAACACAACUCUGCAGGUCAUCCAGGCCCACAUCAACUCCUCACAGGUGCUGUGGCUGCCGUCUGAAGACCGGGCUCUGGUUUCCGGUCUGGACCCGGCGCUGCAGCAGACCUCCGGCCUGAAGGCUUCCAUCCAGGAGCUGAAGGACGACGGCAUCAGCCGGCUGAACCUGCACUACAGCACCAUGUCGCAGCAGCAGAUCUGUAAGCUCCAGUCGGUGAACAUCAGCACCAACCUGUACGUGAUCAGCCAGCCGUGGCUCCACGCUCUGGCCUGGUGCGCCGGCGCUCGGUCCGUCACCACCAACUCCGUCCACAUCCUGUCCAGCAUCAACCAGCCGCUCUUCCUCAUGACUCCAGAGGAAUACACCCUGAUGUGGAUCCUGACCGACUUCGUCUCCGCCUUCCUCAUCUUCGCCAUUUUCACGUUCCACUGGUGGAGAGAGCGCGGUUUGCCCUUCGUGUCCGGCAGCCGGCACACCAACGACAACGGACCGUACAGCAAGUUCAGAACCGAGCUGAGCGACGUUUGGUCCAUCUCCAGUGUCAACGUGCGACCCGACCUGCGGAGCUCUCCCAGUUCUCCCAGUGGCCCCCACCUGCCCACCAUUACAGAGGAGUGACUGGAGAGUCUGGCUUUACAAAUAUUACAUCUCCAAUCAUGAACCGAACAGAAAAUUAUGGAGUUAUAAAAAUAAAAAGAAAGAGAAGAAGCAGAAAGAUGUUUCCUCCACUCAGCUACUGGACUGCAUGACUGAACUGGUGAUCCAAACGACGGACUGACUGGUUCCAUCUGACCCAGUAAGAUCCAACAUGGCGCCAUGAAGGAGGGAAUCGUCUUCAUCACUUCUGGUCAGGAAAAGACUGAAAACAUCCGGCUGUAGUGAGAUCUGUAGAUACGGAGAAUGUUAUUAAUAUGAACAAGCUUCGUCUUUUACUGUCAGGAUGCGUUAAAACGUAACGGAGAUUUAUUGUGACUUUAAUCAUAAACAUGUAUGAAAAUGAUCCAGAGCUUCAGACGUCGUUUUGAGAUUUAGAGGAAAAUAAUCUCCAUAAAUCUAACAUCAGGAUCUGACAGAAGUUAAUUUUAUAUAAAUGUUUAUCGCUAAAUGUUUCCUGGACUCAAAAUUUAAUCUUCUCUACAUUCCUCUUUAUGGAUCACUGAUCUAUCAGUUGAAUGUGAUCAGAUAGAUUCUAAUAUUUGAGCAGAAAAUUGAUUCGCUGCUAAAUCUAAAAAUGACAAAAAUCAUACAAAAUAUCUAUAAAAUAAAACUUAAAUAAGUUUUCAUCAAGAUAUAGGAGCUUGUUUUAAGUCAAUAAUUUCUGAAUAUUGAUCAUAAAACUGGCAGAUCAUUUAAAUCAUAACAUGGGAAAAAUGUGUUGCUAUAAGUUAAAGUUGCUAAAUUUGUCACAAGUUGCUUUUAGACAAAAAGUCGCUAAACAUGGCAACAAAUUGACAAAGUUGGCAACGUUAUCUCCCCUGGUCCUGACUAUGAGUGACUUAAGUCCCUCCAAUAAUCCACACACGUAGCCACGCCCCCAGUGCCGCUUAGCUCCGCCCACUUUGGUGGAAUUCUUAAAAAUGAUCAGGGGGCGGAGCUAAACUGUCACAGGGGGUGGGGGGGGGUAGUUACAGUUUAAACAACAUAUUAACUCUGAUUGGUGCGUCUCUACUACUGUACACUGCAAAAACAUAAAAACUUAAGUAUUUUUAGUCUAGUUUCUAGUGCAAAUGUUUUAGUACACUUGAAAAAAGACUAAACUUACUUAUAGUUUUAGGAUAUAGUAGUUUGUUUUAAGUCAUUAAUUCCUUAAUAUUAAUUUUUAAAAAGUACUAGUUCCACUGGCAGAUUAUUU